AUGACGAUCCUCUCCCUGAAGAAAUCAUUAUUAUUAAAUCAUUAUUAUCCUCUCCCCUCAAAAAAAUUAUUAUACUCUCCCCGAAGAAAUCAUUAUUAUCCUCUCCCCUCAAAAACAUUAUUAUACUCUCCCCGAAGAAAUCAUUAUUAUCCUCUCCCCCUCAAAACAUUAUUAUUAUCUGAAGAAAUCAUUAUUAUCCUCUCCCUGUCAAAAACAUUAUUAUCCUCUCCCCGAAGAAAUCAUUAUUAUCCUCUCCCCUCAAAACAUUAUUAUCCUCCCCUGAAGAAAUCAUUAUUAUCCUCUCCCCAAAAACAUUAUUAUCCCCCCCCGAAGAAAUCAUUAUUAUCCUCUCCCGUCAAAAAAAAACAUUAUUAUCCUCUCCCCGAAGAAAUCAUUAUUAUCCUCUCCCCGCAAAAAAACAUUAUUAUACUCUCCCGAAGAAAUCAUUAUUAUCCUCUCCCCCUCAAAAACAUUAUUAUCCUCCCGAAGAAAUCAUUAUUAUCCUCUCCCCUCAAAAACAUUAUUAUCCUCUCCCCGAAGAAAUCAUUAUUAUCCUCUCCCGUCAAAACAUUAUUAUCCUCUCCCCUGAAGAAAUCAUUAUUAUCCUCUCCCCUCAAAACAUUAUUAUCCUCUCCCGAAGAAAUCAUUAUUAUCCUCUCCCCUCAAAAACAUUAUUAUACUCUCCCCGAAGAAAUCAUUAUUAUCCUCUCCCCUCAAAAACAUUAUUAUCCCUCCCGAAGAAAUCAUUAUUAUCCUCCCCUCAAAAACAUUAUUAUCCUCUCCCCGAAGAAAUCAUUAUUAUCCUCUCCCCUCAAAACAUUAUUAUCCUCUCCCCGAAGAAAUCAUUAUUAUCCUCUCCCCUCAAAAACAUUAUUAUCCUCUCCCCGAAGAAAUCAUUAUUAUCCUCUCCCCCUCAAAAACAUUAUUAUACUCUCCCCGAAGAAAUCAUUAUUAUCCUCUCCCCCUCAAAAACAUUAUUAUCCUCUCCCCGAAGAAAUCAUUAUUAUCCUCUCCCCGUCAAAAACAUUAUUAUCCUCUCCCCGAAGAAAUCAUUAUUAUCCUCUCCCCCUCAAAAACAUUAUUAUACUCUCCCCGAAGAAAUCAUUAUUAUCCUCCCCUCAAAACAUUAUUAUACUCUCCCUGAAGAAAUCAUUAUUAUCCUCUCCCCUCAAAACAUUAUUAUACUCUCCCCGAAGAAAUCAUUAUUAUCCUCUCCCCGUCAAAAACAUUAUUAUCCUCUCCCCGAAGAAAUCAUUAUUAUCCUCUCCCCCUCAAAAACAUUAUUAUACUCUCCCCGAAGAAAUCAUUAUUAUCCUCUCCCCCUCAAAAACAUUAUUAUCCUCUCCCCGAAGAAAUCAUUAUUAUCCUCUCCCCUCAAAACAUUAUUAUCCUCUCCCCGAAGAAAACAAAAACAUUAUUAUCCUCUCCCCGAAGAAAUCAUUAUUAUCCUCUCCCCCUCAAAAACAUUAUUAUCCUCUCCCCGAAGAAAUCAUUAUUAUCCUCUCCCCCUCAAAAACAUUAUUAUCCUCUCCCUACCAAAUAUCAUUAUUAUCCUCUUCCCCACCCACAAAAAUUCUUACAAUCUAA